GCUCUGUCAAAAUAAGCCCAAAGAGAUCAUGAGUGCUUCUUGCCAUUGUCUCCCAGGCUGCGAAUAAAGCAUCUCCGACCAUCAAUUGUUGGGGCAAAAUGCAAACCAUCGCUCUCUCUCUCUCUCUCCUUCAAGACAGGGCGCGGACGUACACCGUCGAGGUGAAUUUGGCCAAAAGAAUCGACGAAAGAUGGAAAUAAAAGAUGGCGACGGCGAGGUCUCUCCGACUCUCCCGAAGCGGAAGGCGCGGCGGUAAUCCGAGAGCUGUGGCGGGGGUUGCCUUGGCAACGCCUGGCCAUAUUAGGUCAUGGGAAGUCUGCAGCUGUUGUCUGCUUGACUGAGAUGGAAAUUGAAAAUAACGUCGACGGAUGCCAUAAAAAUCCCAGUUUAAAAAAAAAAACAAAAAAACAGAAUACUUGUGCUCGUUUGACGCGUCUGGAGAUCGGAGACGACACAAAGGUAGUCUAUCGCGUUUGUGUGUCUUGACGAGCGCGUGUGAAGAGGGGCCUGCUUGUCCUGCUCGCCAUGUUUAUUUUGGGCAUUCCGCCAUUAUGCAGGUCACGGGAACGUUCUUCCCCUCCCCCUCCAUCGAGCCUGUCUCGCCAUGGAACCCCACGCAGUCAAGAAGAAGCGUGUGGAGGAUGACGCAAAAUAAAGAUGCCGGCGGCGGGAACGGCAACGCUCCGGCGGACGUGCAGCUCAAGAUCGUCGUCGUGGGGGACGGAGGCUGCGGGAAAACCUCUCUCCUCAUGGUGUACGCCAAAGAUUACUUCCCAGAGAAAUAUGCCCCGACCGUGUUUGAAAAAUUCACCACCUCUGUGGUCCUCAAAGGAAAAGAAGUCAAGCUCAACGUGUACGACACAGCAGGCCAGGAGGACUACGACAGGUUGCGGCCGCUUUCGUACCAGGAGGCUCAUCUGAUUCUGCUCUGCUUUGAUGUGACCAACCCCACCAGUUUUGACAAUGUGACCAUAAAGUGGCACCCGGAGGUGAAGCACUUCUGUCCGGACGUGCCGGUCAUCCUGAUUGGCUGCAAGACGGACCUGAGGAAGGACAAAGAGUGCACCAGGAAGCUGAAGACUCUCAACCAGGCUCCCGUCACUUACACACAAGUGAGAGGGGGCGAGGGGCGUGGCCGCCCAGCAGAGGACCAACGCCGAGCUCUACCUGGAAUGUUCGGCCAAGUUCCAGGAGAACGUGGACGACGUCUUCAGCGAGGCGGCCAAGACGGCUUUGGCCUUCCGUCGCAAGCGAAAACAUUACAAGAAGAAGCGACAUUGCGCCAUUGUGUGACGCCCGCCAGCGCUUCCGUUGAGUCAGAUAUGGCAAAAAACGGUUGCGAUAUCUGACUGACGUCGACACACGAACGAGAAACUUUUCAAGCCGCCAGUCCAAAUGGGCUUUUUGUGACAACAAGAAGAACCAAAAGUAAACAAGUGGCCAUUCAAUUCCACUAUCUGGAAAGCAACAUCUUAGAAACAAAAACAUUUUGGACUUUUUUUUUUUUUUAGCUAAACUCAGAUAUCCUGAAUUUUAUGGCGUCUUUAUUUUUCUUUUUUUACAUCAGGUUGAAAAAAAAAAAGUGUAAAUUAUAUCCAUUUUCUAUUGUUUUUGUGUCUGUGUGUGUGUAAAUGAACGUGGAGUCGGACCAAUUAUGUCCACACGGCCAGAAAGAUUCAGAACCACACUGAGUUCAACUUUUGGACUGUGAAUGACAUUUUACAAAAUAAUAAUAAUUUAAAAAAAAAAAAGGCCACAGAGCCAAAUCGGAAAUUAUGUAGGAGCUUAGUCAAAAGUUUUAUAUAUAUAUAUAUAUUUAACUUUUUUAUGAUAUGGAAUCUUUCUCACCAUUCUGAUAACUAUGAAAAUCAAAAAUGAAAAAAGUACUGAGUAGGUUCUUUAUGCCAUUUUGAGCUGCUGUAUACAAAUAGCAAUUGAUUGAACUCAGCCUGGGUAUCAAUCAUUUUACAGUCAACUAAAAUACAGUUUCAGGUAAACUGAUGAAGAAUAUUUCAAAGUCAAAAUCAAUCCAUUGAACUUAUGAAGUUUGCUACUUACCCGUUUACAAAUUCGUAAGUCGGAAGGUCAACGUCGCAGGGUGGACCUGCAACAGCGCCCCCUAGUGUGACAAAACAACGCCAGCGCCGCUCACGGGGGCCCACAUUCGAACGCAGAACCUCAAACUGAGAGCCUGAUCUACUUCCACUGCUUCCUAACUUCUAUCGUGUUUACAUUUUUUAAAUUAUGUAUACAUAGUCUGUUUUUUUUUAUCCCACAGUUAUCAAGAAAAGUGAGGAAAAUGAAGCCACGUUCGCGACAUUCAUCUCAAUAAAAACACGUGGAUCCUUGAACUGACUUUAAUUGAUAGAAAUAUUCAAUUGCUAUUAAGAAAACUGUUCCCAUCCGUUCCUCGUUCUACGUGACAAUGUUUACAGUACUGAUGGAAGAAAAAAAACAUGUACAUUUAUAUUUGUGCAACAUGACCUCAUAACGCAGACAUUCACGUGGUGAAAGAAACCUUGAAGAACUAAAACACAUGAAAGUCGAUUCAUCUAACGUGCUAACAACGUAAAAGUUGCGAAGUUGACGUAUGCGGCGCCGAUUUCGAGUUGGACAUUUCAGAACGUUUGGAUCACAGUACAGUGAACGCACGCCAAAAGUUGACAUUUGCCUAUAAAUGCUACCGGGUGGUCGCAAAGCACUACUUUGGAGUGAGCGGAGCUCCUCAACUCACUCCCGCACAGCGAGCCCUCGCUCGGUCCAUUUUGGACUUCAGCCACUAGGGGGCGGCAGUACAUUUCACAACAUCCGCCCACCAAUUUGUGGUGUCUUCUACUCGCAUUUCCACUUUGAUCUGUUCAGAUAAUUUGUCCAAUUUUAUUUAUUCAAAUUGUCGGUCAGACGAGACGCAGUGAGUGUCGAGAAGAAGCAGCAGACGAAUUUAAGUUGAAAAACACAA